GCGUGGGGCUGGAGGGCGGAGGGGCGGCGCAGGCGCAGCAGCUCGAGGUCCGCUGCGCGCCCCGCCCCUGCGCCGAGGGGCGGGUCUACGCCUGCGCACCAGCUGCUCUGGGACGGCUCGGGGAGAAAGGAGCAGGAGAGUGGAGGUGUCAGAGGACCAGUGAUGGAGGAGAAUCCCGACCCCGGGGAGGAGCGCCAGGGAGAUGGCGCCUUGCAGGUGGAGAUCUCCGAUGCUGUGAGUGAGAGGGACAAGGUGAAAUUCACAGUUCACACCAAGAGCUGCCUCCCCCACUUCAGCCAGACCGAGUUCUCCGUCGUCAGGCAACACGAGGAGUUCAUCUGGCUCCACGACGCUUACACUGACAACGAGGACUACGCGGGCAUCAUUAUCCCCCCGGCUCCCCCCAAACCAGACUUUGAGGCUUCGCGGGAAAAGCUGCAGAGGCUGGGGGAGGGGGACAGCUCGGUCACCAGGGAAGAGUUUGCCAAAAUGAAGCAAGAACUAGAGGGGGAGUACCUGGCCAUCUUUAAGAAGACAGUAGCCAUGCACGAGGUGUUCCUCCAGCGCCUGGCUGCCCAUCCCACGCUGCGCCGGGACCACAACCUCUAUGUCUUCUUGGAGUACGGCCAAGAUCUGAGUGUUCGUGGGAAGAAUAAGAAGGAGCUGUUCGGGGGGUUCAUCAGGAACAUUGUGAAGUCGGCAGACGAAGCCCUCAUUACCGGAGUGUCAGGACUGAAGGAGGUGGACGAGUUCUUCGAGCACGAGAGGACCUUCUUGCUGGAGUACCACGCUCGAAUCCGGGACGCCUGCCUGCGAGCCGACCGCGUCAUGCGCUCCCACAAGUGCUUGGCCGAGGACUACAUCCCCAUCUCCGCGGCGCUGAGCAGCCUGGGCACCCAGGAAGUCAACCAGUUAAAGACGAGCUUUCUAAAACUGGCUGAACUCUUUGAACGUCUGAGGAAGCUGGAGGGCCGGGUGGCCUCCGACGAGGACCUGAAGCUCUCCGACAUGCUCCACUACUACAUGAGGGAUGCCCAAGCAGCCAAGGACCUGCUCUAUCGGCGGCUGCGGGCGCUGGCCGACUACGAGAAUGCCAACAAGGCCCUGGACAAAGCCCGGAUGAGGAACCGCGAGGUGCGGUCGGCGGAGACGCACCAGCAGCUGUGCUGCCGCCGCUUCGAGCGCCUCUCGGACUCGGCCAAGCAGGAGCUCACUGACUUUAAGGCUCGCCGAGGCUCUGCUUUCCGAAAGAACCUCAUCGAGUUGGCUGAACUGGAACUCAAACACGCCAAGGCCAGUACGCUUCUUCUAAGAAACACCCUCAUUGCCCUCAAGGGGGAACCCUAGCAUCCUCCCCUACCCGCCAAUCCACAGCCUUCCCUACUCUGGACACGUGGACCACGAGGGGCUGCUGGGGGUGACGGGCAUCCACCACCCCUGAACCUAGAGUGGCCCUCAGCCAGGGCUGCAGGAACAGCCCGGGGGCUUCUGGACAGUAACUGCCCUGGCCCUCCAGAGGUCAGCCCCAUCCACACCCGUGUAAACUUCCCUUCACUAAUGGAAAUAAAAGUUCUUGCUCUGAA